CCCCUUCCAUCAGCAACACAAGGCAUUCUCUCUCUCUUGUUCGCUCAACCAAAAUGGAGGCAAAAUGGUUUCUGUUUCUGACAAUGGCAUUGAUUUUAGCGCUUGUCAAUGGCGAUGAUGAGGCUUCUGUCAGUUCUGUGAAGCCGGUGGUGAAGACAGUGAAGGGCCAAAAGGUGUGUCAAAAAGGGUGGGAGUGUAAAAGGUUCUCCAAGUUCUGCUGUAACGAAACCGUUUCUGACUACUUCGAGACGUACCAGUUCGAGAACCUCUUCUCCAAGCGCAACACCCCUGUGGCGCAUGCCGUGGGCUUCUGGGAUUACCGUUCUUUUAUCACCGCCGCUGCUGAAUACCAACCCGAUGGCUUUGGCACCACCGGCGGGAAGUUCAGCGGGAUGAAGGAAGUUGCAGCUUUUCUAGGCCAUGUUGGCAGCAAAACCUCCUGCGGAUAUGGAGUGGCGACUGGAGGGCCUCUGGCCUGGGGCUUAUGCUACAGCAAGGAACUCAGCCCUGAAUCCGAUUACUGCGAUGAUUACUACAAACUCACUUAUCCUUGCGCUCCUGGAGCUGCAUACUAUGGCCGUGGCGCCCUUCCUAUCUAUUGGAACUACAACUAUGGAAAAACAGGGGAAGCCCUGAAGGUGGAUUUGUUGAACCAUCCAGAAUACAUAGAACAGAAUGCUACCCUGGCGUUCCACGCAGCAAUUUGGAAGUGGAUGACGCCAGAGAAGAAGCACCAACCAUCAGCCCACGAUGCCUUUGUUGGGAACUGGAAACCCACCAAGAAUGACACAUUGGGGAAGCGGGUUCCUGGGUUUGGCACCACCAUGAAUGUGCUUUAUGGCGAUGGCGUUUGCGGUCAGGGUGAUAGUGAUUCCAUGAACAACAUAAUCUCCCAUUACCUCUACUAUCUUGAUCUUAUGGGUGUUGGCCGAGAGGAGGCAGGGCCUCAUGAUGUGCUCAGUUGUGCUGAGCAGGUUCCUUUCAACCCAUCCUCUUCCUCCUCAUCUACUUGAGCUUUGUUUGGUGAAGCAUCAAUAAGGGAAAGAAACUAUAACAAUCUGAGAAAGUACAUAAUCAAUGAUGUAAAGGUUGAAACAUGAAAGAAGAAGAAGAAGAAAAUAUGCAGAGACUAUUCAAUUUUCGUCUGUGUGAAGAUAAACUAGCCUAGAUGUGGCUGCCCUUGGUUAUUGUUGUGUAAAUGUUGAGAUAUAUUUUGCUUACAAAUUUCCCUUGUCUUGUAACUAUUGAAGGUGGACUUUAUGAACCAUUUUGUGGUAAAUCA